AUGCGGGAAUAUCCUCUGCCUGUCAACCACCGGAUCAACAUACAGCCAAGGCUGAGAUGCAUUCAGGUGCUUCACUUGGCUGACCACAGCCUCUCACCAAUCGCUCAGAGAUGGCUGCGUAAGGCAUACAAGUCCGUAUCGCGAUGGGAUGGGCCAUGGCAAUGCCAUGGCAAUUGGCAGGGUAAUCAAGGUGAUGGCAAGUGCCGAAUCCUUAAAAGACACGGACAGAUUUCCGAAGGACAAGGAAAAACAAACAAAACAAAACAAAAUCACCGACAGCCAAAAAAAGAACAAAGGUGGUAA